AUGGCGUCCACAUCACUCAUCGAUACUCUCAAAACCGCCUCUCUCCUCCCUUCCCCCAUCAUCCCGGCCACUUUCACACCCAGCUACAACCUCAAUGUCUCAUUCCCUGCAAAGUCGCCAUCAAACGGAUCGCUAGUCCGCGUCAGCGAAGCUAAGGAGAAGCCCAGCAUCACCUUCUCAGCAGCCUCGGACUCAGCAAGCGCGCAGUCCUUCACAUUCUUCCUCAUCGACCCCGAUGCGCCCACGCCUGACGACCCCAAGUUCGCUUACUGGCGCCACUGGGUCAUCACCAACGUCCCCUCUUCCGCGAAGGAGAUCAGCGAGGGCAACACACUGACCCAGUACCUUGCGCCGGGGCCGAAGGACGAGAGCGGACCGCAUCGGUAUCUAUUCUUGCUUUUCAAGGAGCCGCAGGGUUUCAGUCUCGAGAAGAGCGAUGUUGGCGGUGAGGAGUUUGUAGACAGGAGGAGCUUUGGGGCGAAGGAGUUCGUGGAGAAGCAUGGGCUGGAGCUCGUGGGUGUACAGUGGAUGAGGGGCGUUGGAGAUGGGUGGAAUGGCGGCAAGGACGAGUUGUAG